CCUAAGCUCGUAAACGAAACGUGGUGAUUGGUAAAAACUAUAUUGUAAAAUAAUAUACGAUUUAUACUAUUUUUACAGUAUUUAUUUAAUAUUUUAAAUUACGAACAAUUUUAAAACCUAUAGUACUAAAUUUGUAGCUUUGUGAACAAAUUAUUUAUUUAUUUUAUUUAAUUUAAGAAAUGGCAGAUGAAAGUGGUGAAAAAAUAUCAAAAAGUGAAUUAAAACGUCGUUUAAAGGCUGAGCAAAAAGCCAAAGAAAAAGCAGAGAAAGCAGCAGCUGCCCCACCAAAACCUGAAUCCAAAAAACAAAAUGAAGAAGAGAUAAGUCCAAAUGAAUUCUUUAGAUUACGAACAUUAGCUGUGGAGCAAUUAAAAGCCGCUGGUGGUGAGGAACAUCCAUAUCCACAUAAAUUCCAUGUUUCAAUAUCGUUAGAAGAAUUUAUUGAAAAGUAUUCAAUACUAAAUGAAGGCGAAAUUCUUGAAGAUGAAACUGUAAGUGUUGCUGGGCGAGUACAUGCAAUUCGAGAAUCUGGUGCAAAAUUAAUUUUCUACGAUUUACGUGGAGAAGGUGUUAAAUUACAAGUAAUGGCAAACGCACGCUUAUACGAAAGUGAAGCACUUUUCGAAUCGGAUUUAUCAAAAUUGCGUCGUGGAGAUAUUAUUGGUUGUAUAGGGAAUCCGGGUAAAACUAAAAAAGGAGAAUUGUCAAUAAUGCCCAAAAGAAUUAAACUAUUAUCACCGUGUUUACAUAUGCUACCACAUUUACAUUUCGGAUUAAAAGAUAAGGAAACACGAUUUCGACAAAGAUAUUUAGAUUUAAUUCUGAAUGAUAAAACACGUAAAACUUUUCAAAUUCGAGCUAAAAUUAUUGCAUAUAUACGUAAAUUUCUAGAUCAACUUGGAUUUCUUGAAGUAGAAACUCCAAUGAUGAAUAUGAUUGCUGGUGGAGCAUCUGCUAAACCUUUUGUUACACAUCACAAUGAGUUGCAUUUAGAUCUUUUUAUGAGAAUUGCACCAGAGUUAUACCAUAAAAUGUUAGUUGUUGGUGGUUUUGAUCGUGUUUACGAAAUUGGAAGACAGUUUCGUAAUGAAGGUAUCGAUUUAACGCAUAAUCCAGAAUUUACCACUUGUGAAUUUUAUAUGGCUUACGCGGAUUAUAACGAUUUAAUGACAAUCACGGAAGAGAUGGUUUCUGGAAUGGUCAAAAGUAUUCAUAAUUCAUAUCAAGUGAAAUAUCAUCCAGAUGGUCCUGAUGGGGAAGAAAUUGUCGUCGAUUAUUCACCACCAUUUAAACGUGUACCCAUGAUUCAAACAUUAGAAAAAGAACUAGGUGUAACGUUUCCACCGGCCGAUAAAUUAAAUACUCCCGAAGCGAAUAAAUUUUUAGAUGAACUUUGCGUAAAAAAUAACGUUGAAUGUCCUUCACCAAGGACUACAGCUCGAUUAUUAGAUAAAUUAGUUGGUGAAUACAUAGAAGAAAAAUGUAUUAAUCCAACAUUUAUUACAGAACAUCCACAAAUUAUGAGCCCCUUAGCUAAAUGGCAUAGAUCAAAAAUUGGGCUAACGGAACGAUUUGAAAUGUUUGUACUGAAAAAAGAAGUUUGUAAUGCAUAUACAGAAUUGAACGAUCCUGUAGUUCAAAAGGAACGGUUUGAACAACAGGCAAAAGAUAAAGCUGCUGGUGAUGAUGAAGCACAAAUGGUGGAUGACAAUUUUGUUACAGCUUUAGAAUACGGUUUACCUCCAACUGCUGGAUGGGGUAUAGGAGUUGAUCGACUCACUAUGUUUUUAACUGAUUCAAAUAAUAUUAAGGAAGUAUUAUUAUUCCCUGCAAUGAAACCAGAUGAUCCUAAUAAACCUCAAGAAGAAGAUUCUACAAAACCAGUGAAUGGAGCUGCAUAAUAUUUACGAUAUAUUUUAAAAAACGAAUUAGUGAUCUGUUUUUAUUAAAUAAUGUUUCA